CAGUAUGGGGGAGAUUUUUCUUUGGGGCAAUCCCGUGCCUUCUCCCAGCCCUCCCCCUGGGCUUGGGUGGAUCUCUCCCAGCUCCAAGCUGCGUCCCCGCUGCACCCUGUGGCUGUGCAGUGCCAGGAGGCUCAGAUGGUGGUCACAGUGCACAGGGACCUCUUUGGCACAGGGCGCCUGGUGAGGGCUGUGGAUCUGGCCCUGGGCCCGGCUGCUUGUGAGGCCGCAAGUGCCGUGGAGGACACGGUGACCUUUGUGGCCGGGCUCCACGAGUGUGGCAGCACCCUCAGGCUGACCCCCGAUAUGCUGGUCUACAGCACAAGCUUGAACUACAGCCCAGCCCCUGCUGGCGACCUGGUCAUCAUCCGCACCAGCCCUGCUGUGGUUCCCAUUGAGUGCCACUAUCCAAGGAGGGAGAACGUGAGCAGCAAUGCCAUCAAGCCCACGUGGGUGCCGUUCCACUCCACUCUGUCCUCUGAGGAGAGACUGGCGUUUUCCCUGCGCCUCAUGGAUGAUGACUGGAGUGCUGAGAGAGCCUCCAAUGUGUUUCAGCUGGGAGAGGUCCUCCACUUCCAAGCAGGGGUUGACACAGAAAACCAUGCCCCUCUGAGGCUUUUUGUGGACAGCUGUGUGGCUACCCCAAGCCCAGACAGGAACUCUUUUCCUCAGUAUACUCUCAUUGACUUCAGUGGAUGCCUGAUUGAUGGGCAACUGGAUGAUGCCACCUCAACUUUUAUAUCCCCAAGACCCAGGCAGGAUGUGCUUCAGUUUGUGGUAGAUGCUUUCAAGUUCACAGGAAACUCCAGUAACCUGAUCUACAUUACCUGCCACCUGAAGGUCUCCCUGGCUGACCAAGCUCCAGACCCUCUGAACAAGGCUUGCUCCUUUGACAAAGCCAGAAGCCUCUGGACUCCUGUGGAAGGCACCAGGGAUAUCUGCUCCUGCUGUGAGGUGAGGAAUUGUGGCUCAGCUGCAUGGUCCAGGAGGCUUCAUGGUGCCUCCCAGAGACAAGGAGGACGCUUCAGGAGAGAACUGUCCUCUCCGCCUAAUCCUUUGAAAGAAGCAGAUGUUGUGGUUGGGCCCCUCCUUGUCUACAGCUGGCAGGACCACUCAGUCCUGAGGAUGCCUUCCCAAGAUCCAAAAGUUUCCUUCUGGAUGGUGUUGGGACUGGUUGCAGUUGUUGGUUUUGUUGUUCUCAUCCUUGCUGCUCUAGGAGCUCUGACUAUCUGCCAGAAAUCCAGCAACUCCAUUUAA